AUGAGUGAAAGGCCCGUGCCCAGAAGGGAGAGCCCCUGGGGAGUGUCCGAUGGCUACCACCCUGAACCCAAAGCCCACCGGUGCAAUGAUCGAGCUGAAGAUGUGAUCUAUGCGUUUUUCGAAGGUAACCCUUUCAAAACAGUUCCAGGCCCUUUCAAGCUAUUUUAUCGGUGCAUGCGCUCCAAGCCCGGGGAAGAGCCUACCGAACCCUUCUAUUACUUGGACUUGGAACCCCCCAAAAGAGAAGUAAAACUUGAGUAG